GAAGUUUUCGGUCCGUUAGUGACAUUCCGGCACUCACAAAAGAGUUCAACUGCAAGAUGGCUAGCACGUUUAAUCAACCUCUGCAAUUGGCAAUGAUAGGACUUUAGUCCCAGGCGAAACUUGAUUGAUUGAUGGACACAUCUUGCCGAAAAAAUGUGUCCCGCAAGACCAACCAUCAAAACACUCAGCAUUUUUCCUGCUUUUGCCGGAAGACCUGUGCUUGGGAUGUCAUAAUAUGCCUGAAACCUUCCCAUCUUAGGGCUGUUAGGAGCAACCAUGGGCCACAGAAGUCAUAUGUAUGAUGUUGCACGGGAAACCAAUUAGAAUUCAACGCUGAUACAGGUGAGACAAAAAUAACGGCAUGUUUCAUUAGACAAUUGUGCAGCUUGUAGGAUUGAGGUCCACCAUCUAGCAAUUGGCACACAAAGGCUAAAGUUGUUAUUGGGUGGAGAUCCACUCCAAAAGCACCCAUCCCUUCAUCCCCCAAAUCAUGGAAAGCGGUCUGUCACAUGCUGCGGUUGGAGUUUUUGUUCACCUUGGCGCAGGCACUUGAUGAUGCUUUGGUCAAGGCACCUCCCAUGGGCUACAACUCCUGGAAUCACUUUGGAUGCACCUUGAACCAGGAGGAGCUAUUGAAAACUGCAGCCAGCUUGAAGGAUUUGGGAUUCUUGGAGCUGGGCUACCGGUACUUUGUUCUGGACGACUGCUGGAUGGCGAAAACCCGGGGGGUCACUCUGGAGGCGGACAGCAACGCCUUUCCUUCUGGCAUCAAAGACUUCGGUCAGAAGCUGCACGAGAUGAAUUUUCUCUUUGGAAUCUACACGUGCAGGGGUGUGAGCACCUGUGAGGGUCGACCCUCGAGCCGCGACCACGAGGAGGCUGAUGCAAAAGCCUUUGCUGAGUGGGAGGUAGACUUUGUGAAAAAUGAUGCUUGCUGGGAUCCUGAUUGCGGCCCAGAACAGCCUACUGUUCCAGGCUCGGGAAUUUGCGACAUCGAAGGUCGACGGAAAGCUGUGCUGCGCUACCAGAGGAUGAAGGACGCGAUGAACCGCACGGGGCGGCCGAUGGUACAUUCCUUAGCAGGUUGGCAGCCUUGGUUCGCAGUGGUGGGGAGCCAGCUGGCGCACAUGUGGCGGGUUGGUGCGGACGUGAAAGAUUGGGAUGGCGUUUAUGAGGCCACACGCAUUAUGGAACAGCUGCGAGAAUACCACGGCGCCCAGGGUUGGAAUGAUCCAGACAUGCUCCUCGGAAGCUCACGGGGUGCCACCCUGAAGUUGACGCCGCUCCAGUCCCGUGCGCAGUUCUCCCUUUGGGCUCUCAUGCCUGCGCCCUUGAUGUUGGGAGCCAAUGUGCUGGAGCUGAGCCCUUAUGAUGCCCUCACAUACAGCAACCUGGAGGCCAUUGAGAUCAACCAGGACCCCUUGGUGACCCCUGCCGAAGUAGUCUACCACAAUUGCCCUCCAUAUCCCAGGUUUGUCAUGGGCCAACGUGCCGAUGGAGCGCCCGAGUUUGAGCUCCACACAAACGGGGUGCAGGACCCUGGCGUGGUUUGUGGAGCCCACACUGCGCCCAACUGUCCAGCAUGUUGUCAGGGACAUGGAGAAGGUUGGUGUCAUGGAGAAUGUGAAUGGCUGGGUGAGCGUGGCAAUGGUAAUCCUGACGAUGACCAGAACUGUGUUCUGUCAGAGAAGGCGAAGAAGAAGCCUGCGGCUGAGAACAAUCCCAACCCAUGGCAGCGAAAGGACCUUAAGGAGUCGUCCAUGCACCAAUGCCAGCAGGUCUGGGUGCGGCGGCUGACCAAUGGGCAGGUGGCCCUGGUUGCAGUGAACUUUGCCUCCAAGGCAGCCACCGUGGAUUUGCCCCUCUCGCAGCUGCGUUUGCCCUGGGGUGAUGAGACACCAUCCAUCCUUUGGGACGUGUGGCACGUGGCGAAAGCUCCAGAGCAAGUUCACGGACACUUGAAGUUGGCCUUGGAAGCCAAUGGAGGUCAUUACAUGCUGAAGCUGGAGCAAAAGAGUACUCAGGAGGAUCUCCCAGCCAAAGAUUUCAAGGAGGCAAGUGGGAACAUUCCACGCGUGGGAACAUUCUCUGCAUGAUGUUUUGUUUGAGAGGCCUUUGGCACAGUUUUUACAUCCAAGAAAGUGACUGGCCAUGUGCAGGAAAAGAAAGGCUGGUUUCGAGAGGGUAAAGGGGUGCAUGUAGAACCGAUGAGAACAGCCCCUCAAACGCCCAGCUUCUUCAUUUUCACCUGAAAUCUGGGAGCAACCUAGAAACCAAGAGACCUUCACGUCUUCAGCCGUUUCCAGCCUAUCAAGUAAGAAUUGUAUAUGCACGAUCCCUCAGAUUGUGGCAGCCCCAAAACGGACACUCCCAAAAGGGCCUUUGACCUCCAAGUGCCCGCAACUGAUUGGGCAUCGUCUACUUUCCAGUAGAACUGCUGGCGGGCGUGGGGAUUCCCAAAAUUGGAGGCCCAAACACUGAUGAUUUUUGACGGAAUAUAUACAUAUAUAUUAUAUAUAUAUACCUUGGGCACGUACUGGUCUUUGCCAAAGUUUCGAUGGUUUGAUG